AUGGCGCACCAGGUGCAUGAUGUUGAGCAGGGCAUAGACGCCGCAGUCGAGAAAGGUCACCUGCGGGCGUUGCACCGGGGAAACCCGGGGCAGCACAGAACACACACGGGUGAGAAGCCAUUCCUGUGCCCUGUGUGUGGGAAGGCAUUUGCACACUCGUCAACUCUUCAAGACCAUCAGAGAACACACACGGGCGAGAAGCCAUUCCUGUGCCCUGUGUGUGGGAAGACAUUUGCAAAGUCAUCACAUCUUCAGAGUCAUCAAAAAACACACACGGGCGAGAAGCCAUUCCUGUGCCCUGUGUGUGGGAAGACAUUUUCAUGGUCAUCACAUCUUCAGCGUCACCAGAGAACACACACGGGCGAGAACCCAUUCCUGUGCUCUGUGUGUGGGAAGACAUUUGCACAGUCAUCACAUCUUCAGAGUCACCAGAAAACACACACGGGCGAUAAGCCAUUCCUGUGCUCUGUGUGUGGGAAGGCAUUUUCACAGUCGUCAAAUCUUAACACACACCAGAAAACACACACGAGUGAGAAGCCAUUCCUGUGCUCUGUGUGUGGGAAAACAUUUGCACACUCAUCACAUCUUCAGAGUCAUCAGAGAACACACACGGGCGAGAAGCCAUUCCUGUGCCCUGUGUGUGGGAAGGCAUUUGCACAGUCGUCAACUCUUCAAAACCAUCAGAGAACACACACGGGCGAUAAGCCAUUCCUGUGCCCUGCGUGUGGGAAGGCAUUUUCACAGUCGUCAACUCUUAACAGGCAUCAGAAGGUCCACAAUGAUAGGAGACACCUGAGAACACACACGGGCGAGAAGCCAUUCCUGUGCCCUGUGUGUGGGAAGGCAUUUGCACAGUCGUCAACUCUUCAAAACCAUCAGAGAACACACACGGGCGAUAAGCCAUUCCUGUGCCCUGCGUGUGGGAAGGCAUUUUCACAGUCGUCAACUCUUAACAGGCAUCAGAAGUUCAAUUGCUCUGUGUGUGGGAAGGCAUUUGCACGGUCAUCAAGUCUUCAGAGACACCUGAGAACACACACGGGCGAGAAGCCAUUCCUGUGCCCUGUGUGUGGGAAGACAUUUGCAAAGUCAUCAAAUCUUCAUAGUCAUCAGCGAACACACACGGGCGAGAAGCCAUUCCUGUGCCCUGUGUGUGGGAAGACAUUUGCAAAGUCAUCAAAUCUUCAUAGUCAUCAGAGAACACACACGGGCGAGAAGCCGUUCCUGUGCUCUGUGUGUGGGAAGGCAUUUGCACAAUCGUCAACUCUUCAGAGUCAUCAGAGAACACACACGGGCGAGAAGCCAUUCCUGUGCCCUGUGUGUGGGAAGACAUUUGCAGACUCAUCAACUCUUCAAACUCAUCAGAGAACACACACGGGCAAGAAGCCAUUCCUGUGCCCUGUGUGUGGGAAGACAUUUGCAAAGUCAUCAAAUCUUCAUAGUCAUCAGAGAACACACACGGGCGAGAAGCCAUUCCUGUGCCCUGUGUGUGGGAAGACAUUUGCACACUCGUCAUCUCUUCAAAACCAUCAGAGAACACACACGGGCGAGAAGCCAUUCCUGUGCUCUGUUUGUGGGAAGGCUUUUUCACAGUCGUCAACUCUUAACAGACACCAGAGAACACAUACGGGCGAUAAGCCGUUCCUGUGUUCUGUGUGUGGGAAGGCAUUUGCACACUCGUCACAUCUUCAGAGUCACCAGAAAACACACACGGGCGAGAAGCCAUUCCUGUGCCCUGUGUGUGGUAGGACAUUUGCACACUCGUCAACUCUUCAGAACCAUCAGAGAACACACACGGGCGAGAAGCCGUUCUUGUGCCCUGUGUGUGGGAAGACAUUUGCUCAGUCAUCACAUCUUCAGAUUCAUCAGAGAGCACACACGGGCGAGAAGCCAUUCCUGUGCCCUGUGUGUGGGAAGAAAUUUGCAAACUCAUCACAUCUUCAGAGUCAUCAGAGAACACACACGGGCGAGAAGCCAUUCCUGUGCCCUGUGUGUGGGAAGACAUUUGCACAAUCGUCACAUCUUCAGAGUCACCAGAGAACACACACUGGUGAGAAGCCAUUCCCGUGCUCUGUGUGUGAAAAGGCAUUUGCACGGUCAUCAACUAUUCAAGAUCAUAAGAAAACACACACGGGCGAGAAGCCGUUCUUGUGCCCUGUGUGUGGGAAGACAUUUGCUCAGUCAUCACAUCUUCAGAUUCAUCAGAGAGCACACACGGGCGAGAAGCCAUUCCUGUGCCCUGUGUGUGGGAAGAGAUUUGCAAACUCAUCACAUCUUCAGAGUCACCAGAGAACACACACGGGCGAGAUGCCAUUCCUGUGCCCUGUGUGUGGUAGGACAUUUGCACACUCGUCAACUCUUCAGAACCAUCAGAGAACACACACGGGUGAGAAACCGUUCUUGUGCCCUGUGUGUGGGAAGACAUUUGCUCAGUCAUCACAUCUUCAGAUUCAUCAGAGAGCACACACUGGCGAGAAGCCAUUCCUGUGCCCUGUGUGUGGGGAGGCAUUUGCACACUCAUCAAACAUGAACAGGCAUCAGAAGCCUCGCCUGUAG